CUGUGGAUGUAGAGACAGUCUUGGAUGCUCAGAACUUCAUUUGGAUCACAGACAGUCAGGAUGAAGCGUGUUGUGGUGUUUCUGCUGCCGCUCCUGGGCCUGUUGCAUGCUGGGCCGCUGCCCGAUGAGCCCGUCCUCCAGCCCCAGGAGAACUUUGAUAUAAAACGGUUCAUGGGCAAAUGGUAUGACAUUGCGAUAGCAUCCACAUGCCCACGGCUCAAGCAUUAUAAAGGAGAAGCAGCUAUCGGCUCUAUGGACCUGCAGUUCGAUGGCUCAAAACAGACCUUCACCAUGACCUUCAUUGGCCAAAGACAUGGCACCUGUAAGUCCAUUAGUGGAGAAUAUCAGCUGACCAAAACACCUGGAAGAGUUCAAUACCACAAUGCCAAGUGGAACGCUGAUGUGGACUCCUACGUGGUUCACACAAACUACGAUGAGUAUGCGCUGGUGGUGAUGUACAAACAAAAACAAGGCGGUAAUAAGACCACAUCUGUCAAACUCUACGGACGUACUAAGCAGCUGCGGCCCACUCUCAUCGAAGACUUCAAGACUCUGGUGGCUGAGCAGGGAAUGAGUGAAGACACUAUAGUUAUCAAAAAGAACAAAGGUGAAUGUGUUCCAGGUGAGCAGGUCACACCAGAGCCACAGAUCCAGAGGGCGAGGAGGAAUGUGGUCCUGCCGGCCCCUGAGGAGGGAUCGGGUGACGAUACGCCCAUCUUCAAAGGACCUGAAGCGUGUAAGUCCCAGCCAGAUUCGGGUCCGUGUUUCGGGAUGUUGCAGCGCUACCAUUACAACUCGUCCAUCAUGGCCUGUCAGAUGUUCACCUUUGGAGGCUGUAUGGGCAACCAGAACAACUUUGUGACUGAAAAGGAGUGUUUGCAGAGCUGCCGCACUGAGGCCGCCUGUAGGCUCCCCAUGGACGCUGGUCCCUGUAAAGUGUUCUCAGAGCUGUGGGCCUUCGACUCCACCGCUGGAAAGUGUGUGUCCUUCAAGUAUGGAGGCUGCAAGGGCAACGGCAAUAAAUUCUAUAGCAAGAAGGAGUGUGAGGAGUACUGUGGCGUUGUAAUGAGAAAUGGAGAUGACGAGUUUCUCACAGUGAACUGAGAAUGGUGUGAAUGAAAAUGGAGCGUUACGGUGUUUCAGACAGAAAAGUGCAACAUGAAACCGUUUUCAACAGGCACUUACUUCAACAUUUAUCACAAUAAAUAAAGACCUGACCAAUGUA